AAUUUCUGGACAAUUAUUCCAAUUGUAAUGCAUAAGCAGACACAGCUCUGCAGUCAGCGUCCCAGCAACUGCAACAGAGACCAGUGUCGUCUUCUUCCGAGUAAAUUCAGAGAAGUGGAGAGAGAGAGAGAGGGUAAUUUCUUCCUUUCCUUGCUCUUGUGGUCUCAUUUAUAUCAUAAGAAUUGGCUAAUACUUGGAAGCAGAUCAUCUUUGGAAGCGACUGACAGGGGAAGGAUGCAACGCGAUGCGGGCUCUAGUGGAGUUGGAGUCGAAGAUGCAAGGUCUCAAGAGGAGGUUCACCAAAUAAUGGAUUCUACAAAAAAAAAGGAUACACUUUCAGGACCCAGUGAGAGGAAGUUAGAUCUGUCACUUCAAAUACCCCCUCGAUUGGUAAAAUUGGGCAAUAGCUGUGGUGUAAAGGGUCUCCUGCAGUCUCAAAAUUCCAUCAAAGGUGGUUUGUCUCCAAGAAGCUUUCUAAGGGGGAUAAGCUUCAAGCACAAGGCAGCUGCACCUGAAGGCGAGAGAAGAUCACUCCUGAGUCCAGACCCCACCGUAGUCCCUGAGAGCUCUGACAUGGCCGAUUCUUCUGCAGAACCCUCUUGGAAGAGAUGUGUUUCCCUCCCUGUUACACCGGCAUCGAAUUUGUCACCUUCGGUUUCUACAUCCACCGCAGCAAGAAAAUGGGCUGCGCAGCAGAAACCACAUAAAGGGGAAGUCAAGGUGUCAAGGUCUUUGUCAGUUCCAAUGCGAAAUGUUGUUAUUGUGCGAUCUAUGUCCUUUGCCACCCGAAAGGAGUUUGCGCAAGUAGAUCAUGCUGAUGGCGAAAUAACUCCCAUUCAUAUGGAAGAUGAGGACGAAGAGAUUCCUGAGGAGGAAGCAGUUUGCAGGAUCUGUUUUAUUGAAUUGUCUGAAGGGGGAAACACACUCAAAACUGAGUGUAGUUGUAAAGGUGCUUUAAGACUUACACACGAAGAAUGUGCAGUGAAGUGGUUCAGCAUCAAAGGAAAUAAAAAGUGUGAUAUCUGUGGGCAAGAGGUGCGCAACCUGCCUGUAACUUUGCUUAGGGUACAGAGCUCUGCUCCAAGGGCUAACAGACAAGAGAACAAUAGACAAAGUUCAAAUUUGCAGUCGACAAGUGACUGGAAGGACUUAGUGGUGCUCAUCUUGAUUAGCACAAUAUGUUAUUUCUUCUUCCUUGAGCAGCUGCUGGUUGGUGAAAUGAAAUCUCAAGCAGUAUUGAUUGCAGCACCAUUUUCAUUCACUCUUGGUAUUAUGGGAUCGAUUUUCGCAGUCGUCCUUGCAAUCAAAGAGCAUACAUGGACAUAUGCAGCACUUGAAUUUGUAAUUGUGGCUGUAAUUCUCCACCUUUUCUAUUCUCUGCUUAACUUGAAUCCAGUAUAUUCCAUCCUGCUUGCAUCAUUUUGGGGUUUUGGAAUUACAAUGGCCCUUAACUCCCUGUAUCUUCGUAUAUAUGCUUGGCGAGCUCAGGUUACCCAGACUCAGAACAACCCUAAUCUGGCCUGAUAAGAGAAAUGAGGUUAAUCACCUUACAACAUACAAGCUCAUGUUGUAUACAUAGAAGAUUCAAAAAGUUGAAGCCAAUGAUAAAGUAGAAUGAGAAGAUCUUCAGUUGUAUGAGAUCCACCUAUCUGCACAAGUUAUUUGGUGUCUUCCUUUGCCUACGCAACCUUACUGAGAAGUGAAGCCCAGAAAGUAUCCUUUCUGCAUGUGUUAACAGCCAGAGAUUUCACCCAACCAAAAAGAGCAGAAAGCAGUUAAAACUUUUCCCAAUUUCAUUGGCUGUGUUUGGAAGAUGGUUAUAUAUUGUUUUUGAAAAAGCUUCUGUACCAUCAUUUGGAUAAAGGGCUGUAGGCUGCAAAUGUUCAUUUUUUAGACUUGAGUAGGUGUGAAUCCUUCUCCUCUGGCUGUGGGGAUUUUUUUUUUUCUGCUUUUUUGGUAAACCUAUUCUGGGUAAGUGGAUACAUGGUUUGUAAAAAUUUACCAUUUUAUUUCUUCAUGUUGGUCUGUCUUUGUAACUUGCCCAAGCAAGAUCUUUUAGUUUCCCUUUUGAAGUGAACUGAAUCAAUCAUCUGUAUUGUGCAGCAA